AUGAGACAUGAAACUAGUAAAUGUACUAGACUAGUAGGAAGGCAGGAAUGGAGAGUGAAGAAGUUAGUGGUGCAAGAAAAGAGCACUAAGCCUGCUGAAAAGCAUGAAUUUCAGCAUGUUAAAAAUCCAGCUAGAAGGUGCUUAAAUUCUCUAGGAGAAGCAACAAGGCAGAGUAACUUUGAAGCUCUAGAAGUAGAAGAAGCAGAAGAUGAUAAUAGAGUGGUUAAGGAUAAUUCUUCAGAAGGGGCAGUAAUGGUUGGUAUAUGGUUUCAACAAUCCAAACAUGAUUACUCUAUGUUCACAAGGACUGAUGAUGGUCAUUGUACUGUGGUGGUGGCCUAUGUUGAUGAUCUUUUAAUAACCGACUCUAGUUUACCAUUAAUCUCUACUUUUAAUGUUGCUCUUCAAAUAACUUUUACCAUAAAGGAUUUGGGUGAAUUGACUUAUUUCUUGGGUAUAGAAGUACUUAGAAAUCCUUCUGGUAUCCUUCUCAAUCAAAGGAAAUACAUCCUUGAUAUGUUAACUGCAAGAAAUAUGCUUGAAUACAAGACUGAAGCUUUUCCUUUUUCAAAGGCUAUGGAUUUAAGUUCCGAUGAAGGAGAUCCUAUUCAUGAUCCUGAGUUGUACAUGAGACUUAUUGGCAAGUUAUUAUACUUGAAUAUGACUCGUCCUGACAUAUCCUAUAUGGUUCAACAACUUAGUCAGUUUCUAAGUGAUCAAAGAGUCCUUCAUCUUACUGUUGAUCUACAUGUCUUGAGAUAUUUGAAGGGUAAUAUACACUAUGGAUUGAUUUGUUCUUCUCAAAACGAUCUCUCUCUCUCACAGCUUAUAGUGAUGCAGAUUGGGCUACUUGUGCUUUCUCUGCUAAGUCUCAUACUGGUUAUUGUGUUUUUCUUGGUUCUUCUCUUAUUUCUUAGAAGACAAAGAAAACAGAAAGUUGUUUCAAAGAGUUCCACUGAAGCUGAAUAUAGAAUCAUGAGCUAUACUACCAGUGAAGUGGUUUAG